AUGGCAAUUAAUAACGAUGAUCAUCCGCAAUCGGAACUGGAUAUGCUCGAACACGCCAUGAACUCCAUGAUGCAGGGAACCUUUUCUUUGCUUUUCAAGAAUUUGCUCGAUCCGUCCAUUUUCGACGAUCGCCAAUUUCCUGCGGCCAUGGAUCAAGCUCGGAUCACCAAUGGCGAACCCUUGGUAGAGAGUGAAGGAAGCGACUUUAGACGUAUUGCCCAGAAAGCUCGGAGACAGCGGAAUCCGGACGAGUCUACGGAGGCUCCCGAAGAGAUCGUGUCAGCUGCGGGCCAUACCUGGGGAUCGGACAAGGACGUGCCCGUCGGGUUCCCAUCGCUGUCGACAUUGUUCGCUUCCAUGAUACCCAGUGACAAUAUGACUUGGUCAUCUUCGUCAACUUCCACGCGGUCUGUUGUGCAUCCGGAUGGAACCGAGGAAACCACGACUGUGCAGUCGCGCAAUGGUGUGACAGAAACUAUUAAAAAGGUGCGAUACCCGGAUGGGACGAUCGAGGAAACACGACAAAAUUCAAGCCAGCCUUCACCUGCAGUGACCAUGCAACCCAACAGUGAUUUUGGACAGUCCCGAACUUCCAAUCACGAAGACCCGCCAAAGUCAACAUUUUCCAUCAGUCAGCUCUGGAACUCAUUUUUCCGCUGA